AUGCGAGAACGCCCGCAUGAGGUAUCUAGAGAAUCUGCUGGCUACAUAGCGGGCGGCAUGCAGUGGCGUAGUUUUCCCGGACUGCUGGCGUUGGCGGCGUCGCACGAGUUCAACGUUGGUGGACAAGAUGUUGCGGCUUCUACCUUCCUCGAGCUCGCCCGUGAGCGGUUCGAGGCCCGGAACGUCAGGUCGGCCACCUUGGAGGGGGACACCUUCGCCUUCGAUCGCUUGCAGCUCGUCAGGGUGCCGAAGGCCGGCAGCAGCGAGGCCAGCGUCAUCGCAAGGCGGCUUGGCGGAUGCGUGCCUCGAGGCCCUUGCUGCAUGAUGCCCGGACACCCUCCCGGGAGUUGCCCGUCGGAAGGCCUUAUGUGCCCGGCGGUGUUGGGGUGCACCGCCCACAUGAUGGACCCGAAGAGGAACACAAUGCUGGAGGACCCUAGCGUGUUUUCGAUGAGCAACGUCCGUGAUGUCGUGGACCGGAUGGUCUCGGGGUUCUUGUACACGCAACCACACUCUCCGCUGUGCACAAGGACGGACGAUGUGGACUACGAGAGCUGUUUCGAGGAAAUGAUGAAUACUACCAAGUUCCAGAACGUCGCUGCAAGAAUGGUGUCGGGCCACGACGCCUACGAAGGCAGCGUCAAGCUUUGCAUGAACAAGGAUCAGGAUGUAGGCGGGGAGGCGGCGUGCGCGGAAGACCUGGAGUCCGUAAUAAAGGGAGCGUGCAACUUGAACUUCGUCACCAUGUGUGAAGCGUGGGCUUCGUCCGUCCUUCUAUUGUUCGAGACCUUGCGGUGGCUGGAGCCGACCGCAGAUUUCUUCCCCGCUCCGAGGCACCGGCAUCGCCAGUUGUCCUCGUCCGAAGACGCAAAGGAAGGCGCCGCGGCGGGUCCACAGCGCCACAACACCGGGUCGAAGCACGAGGAAGGAAUAAAGCACAUCACACCCGAGCUGAGGGAUGCGGCCCGCAGCGCCAACGCGGUCGACGAGGCUCUACACGAGUUCGUUUCGGCCAAGUUCUGCGAGCGGCUAAGGGAAACGGGCUUGCUGCACCACCCCUUGGUGGGGGCAGAGCUGGCCACCUACGAACCGCUGGAGCGCAGAUGCAACGACGAGACAUGGGCGAAAGAUACCCUGGAACGAUUUGCGCCGAUCAUGCCGGACGAGUGUAGGCUUUAUCAGCCAUUCGAUAAACAGUAAUGAGCUAUUAUAUAAUAAAAGAAGGCUCCCGUUGGGGAGCUAGGUGGUUUGCCUCAUGGGGGCCAUGCAAGAGGUCACCGUUGCAUCUCAUCGUUCGGCAGUGACGGUUUACCGUGUGGGGGAUAUUUAUGUUUUCAUGGGAACUUUCGCGUGUGCAUGUCUGUGCGUCUAAGCUAGCGGCGUCUUCGCCGCAGAUCAUAGUGCUGCUAUAUCCCGCUGCUUUCGAUCAUUCGCUUGCCGUCAAUGCAAAGAGAACAAUAAUGUUUUCCCCAUUUCUUUCACGCCGAUCGCACGUGCCACGGAUGGCUGGCGAUCCCCGGGCACGCGUGUUCUUGUACCAGCGUUGGUGGGGUGAGGUGUGCAGCAGCACCCAUCCUGGCGUGGUGUUGACCAAAGCAACUAAAAAAUUGAAAGGUU